AAAGAGAAGAUGGUGAGCGUCUAUAUAUGUAUAUGUAUAUAUGAGAGAGAAAGAAAAAGAGAAGCAGCUUAAAGCAAUAGUAGUGUAGUACUAUCGCCACCACCACGGUGACCACUAGCAACUGCUAUUUUUUUCCUUUACUGGAAAUGAGCCAAACCCAACACCAGCCUUUGAUUCUCUCUUCUUGAACGCUCGCUCUGCACUAUUAUUGGCCUAUCAUCGUUAUCUUCCCUGAUCUUUCAUCGUCAAGUUGCUUCCACGUUUUGCUGGGGAGGUUUUUGAGCUGGGUUCUGGAUCAUUUGCUCUUUUUCUGGGUUGUUUUUUCUCUGAGAUCCGGUCUAUUAUGGGAAUCAUUGCUCUUCGGCGGAGAUCUACCGGCUUUUGAAGCUUAUUGAGUGGCCUGGUUUCUCGAGAUUGUAACUUCAAGUUGUGAAAGCCAGCUUAUUGAGUUAGUGGUUCUGAAAAAGUUGUGCUAUGAAGUCUUUUCUUGAAGAUUGUGACCUGGGGUUUUGGGGGUUGAUGAGAAUAAGAAGCGAAUGAGGCGGAAACCAAUUGUGUUUUGUAGCGAAACUGGUUUUGGUUGAGGAUUGAGGGGUGGGAAAAUCUUCGGGUUGUCUAAGUUUUCGAGCUAAUUCAAUAUCUGAGUGUAUGAAUUUACUAAAGGGUUUGUUUGAUCGGUGAAGAGGACAUAGAUAAGAAGAAGAAUGAUACUCUGCAUACUUAAGGAAGAAGCAAGAAGGAUUGUUUUGUGGUGGGAGUGUAAUUUGGCAAGAAUUUUGUUGCUAGAUUGGUCUACUUAAAGAGUGAUUUGAAUAAUUUGACUGUGGGCUCGAUUUAGAGGUUUUUUUUUUCUUUUUUUAAAAUCAUUGAAAUCUUGCUGAAAUGAGACUAUCUUCAUCUGGUUUUAGCCCUCCACCUCCAGAAGGAGAAAAGCGAGUCCUGGAUUCGGAACUUUGGCAUGCAUGCGCUGGCCCUCUUGUUUCCUUACCAGCAGUGGGAAGUCGUGUCGUCUACUUUCCUCAAGGUCACAGUGAACAGGUUGCUGCGUCUACCAACAAGGAAGUAGAUGCCCAUAUUCCUAAUUACCCUAGCUUGCCUCCGCAGCUUAUUUGUCAGCUUCAUAAUGUGACCAUGCAUGCGGAUGCAGAGACAGAUGAAGUAUAUGCGCAGAUGACCUUGCAAGCUCUAAAUCCUCAAGAGCAGAAAGAGGCGUACCUUCCAGCAGAGCUGGGCACUCCUAGUAAGCAGCCAACAAAUUACUUUUGCAAAACUUUGACUGCCAGUGACACAAGCACACAUGGGGGUUUCUCUGUUCCACGCCGGGCAGCUGAGAAAGUGUUUCCGCCUCUGGACUUCUCCCAACAACCUCCUUGUCAAGAACUAAUUGCCAGAGAUUUGCAUGGUAAUGAAUGGAAAUUCAGACAUAUCUUUCGUGGUCAACCCAAAAGGCAUCUACUUACAACAGGAUGGAGUGUGUUUGUGAGUGCUAAAAGGCUCGUUGCUGGUGAUUCAGUUCUGUUUAUCUGGAAUGAAAAGAAUCAGUUGCUUCUUGGUAUCCGGCGUGCAAAUCGUCCACAAACUGUGAUGCCUUCAUCAGUGUUAUCAAGUGAUAGCAUGCACUUGGGGCUUCUUGCUGCUGCUGCUCAUGCAGCUUCAACAAACAGUCGUUUUACCAUUUUCUAUAACCCACGCGCUAGCCCAUCUGAAUUUGUCAUACCAUUAGUCAAGUAUGUUAAAGCUGUGUAUCAUACUCGAGUUUCAGUUGGCAUGCGCUUCAGGAUGCUGUUUGAAACUGAGGAAUCAAGUGUGCGAAGAUACAUGGGCACCAUAACUGGUAUUAGCGUGGAUCCUGUUCGAUGGCCAAAUUCACAUUGGCGUUCUGUCAAGGUUGGCUGGGAUGAAUCUACAGCCGGAGAGAGGCAACCUAGAGUGUCCCUAUGGGAAAUUGAGCCAUUAACAACAUUUCCAAUGUAUCCAUCAUCUUUUCCUCUUAGGCUUAAACGACCAUGGCCUCCAGGAUUGCCUUCUUUCCAGGGCAUGAAGGAUGACAAUUUUAGCUUGAGUAAUCAGCUAUUAUGGCUUCGAGAUACCACAGACAGAGGUCUUCAGUCUCUUAACUUCCAGGGGUUUGGGUUCAAUCCUUGGGUGCAGCCAAGGCUUGAUCCCUCCAUGUUGACUUCACCUACUGACAUGUACCAAGCUAUGGCUAAUACUGCAGUUCAGGAUAUGAGGACUUUGGAUGCUUCCAAACAGCAUCCUGCAUCUUUUCUUCAAUUUCAGCAGCCACAGAACUUCCCCAACAGGACUGCUGCUUUAAUGCAGGCCCAAAUGUCCCAGCCGUCUCAACUGCAGCAGGGUUGUCAGAGCAAUCAAGAGAAUCAGAAUUCUUCUCAAUCCUUGGCUCCAACUCAGAUGCAACUUCAGCAGCAGCACUCGUUCAAUAAUCAACAUCAGCAGCCACCGCAAGUGGGUGAUCAUCAGCAGAUUUCAAGUGCUUCUGCAAUGUCUCAGUUUGUAUCUACUCCACAACCUAAUUCACCAUCCAUGCAAGCUAUGUCUUCGCUUUGCCAACAGCAAAACUUUUCUGAUUCAAACGUGAAUUCCUUGAAUGGAUCUGUAGUUUCUCCCUUGCACAGCAUCUUGAGUUCAUAUUCCCAAGAUGAAUCAUCCCACCUUCUCAACCUACCCAGGACUAGCUCUUGGAUACCUGUUCAAACAUCUAGUGCCUGGCCCUCCAAGCGUGUUGCGGUGGAUCCUCUACUUUCUUCUGGAGCUUCUCAUUGCACUCUGCCUCAGUUGGAGUUGUUAGGGCAGCCACAAAGUACCAUGUCACAGAAUGUUAUUUCGUUGCCACCUUUUCCUGGUCGGGAGUGUUCGAUAGACCAAGAAGGGAGCACCGAUCCUCAGAACAAUCUUUUAUUUGGUGUUAAUAUAGACCCCUCAUCUCUUAUAGUGCAGAAUGGGAUGCCGAGCCUCAAGGGAGUUGGCAACAACAAUGACUCUGGGAUUGAGCAAUUUCAGUCAUCUAAUUACCUGGAUACUACAGGAACUGAUUCAUCAUUGAAUCAUGGAAUUACACAUAGCAUCGCUGAAUCAAACUUCCUUGAGAUUCCAGAUAAUGGGGGUCAAGGAAACCCACAAAACAAAACCUUUGUCAAGGUUUACAAGUCAGGGUCCUGCGGAAGAUCAUUGGAUAUCACUAAAUUCAGCAGCUACCAUGAGCUGCGCAGUGAACUUGCCCGAAUGUUUGGCCUUGAAGGCAAGUUAGAGGACCCUGUGAGAUCAGGCUGGCAGCUUGUAUUUGUUGACCGAGAGAAUGACGUUCUUCUCCUCGGUGAUGGCCCCUGGCCGGAAUUCGUAAGUAGUGUAUGGUGUAUCAAAAUACUUUCUCCCCAAGAAGUGCAGCAGCAAAUGGGCAACAAUGGGCUCGAGCUUCUGAGCUCAGUCCCAAUUCAGAGGCUCUCUAAUGGUGUCUGUGAUGACUAUGCGAACCAUCCUGACCCGAGAAAUUUAAGCACUGGGAUAGCUACCAAUGGUGUGACAAUCUAGCUUCUACAUUCCCUUGUCUCUUUUGGAUAUAUUAGACUCUCUUCCGACACUUAGCAAAUUGUGGAAGUACUUCCUAGUUUUAGCUUACGGCCUACUCAUAAGCCCUUUGUUUAUCUUCUUGUUUCCCCUUGCUAGAACUAUUUCAUAAGCUAAUACUGUAAUUAUAUUGCAUAUUGUUCCUGUGAUACAAUAUACUUAUCCAUUAGGAAAUCAAAGCUGUUUUUUUACCUCCA